GUAUGCAAGGUGUCGAGAAGGCUCGUGACGUCGUGGUGGCUGCUGACAUUAGUGAGCAGUGCUGACGUUAGGUGUGGUGGGCGUUCUCUUGCAACUUCCGUUGACCAAGGUCGUUGACAGCGCAGAUUCUGUCUUAAAUGCAUAAAAGAAACGUUUGCCUGACUUGACGUUGGUUAUUUGUAUACUGGGUGUCAUAGGCGAGACAGCCUACUACAGGCCUAUCGUUAACUCCCAUUUAAUUUUUUUUGUCAAACUUAGCUAUUGUUUUUAGACGAUUGUUUAGAGACGAGUAAAUCAUUGUAACGUCGAUUAUAGGGGAAUAUAAAAUUGUUUUCUAUUAGGCUAAUUAAUUAUACUACCAAAUUUAUAGUUAUAUAUCAAUUGUCUUGCGUCGCAGACCAGUCAAAGUAAGAGAAACUUCGUAGGCCUAAGACCCUCUAUCUAUCGUACCCUUUUGAAACACUCGCGGAGAGAGAGAUGAACAUGUUUACGAAUGUCUCGAGCCAGGUCUCCGGGCUGGGAACCAGCCUCGGCUCUUGGUUCAAAAAGGACGGGAAGCCUGAGGAAGGCGGUGCAGAAGGGCAGGAAGGCGAGGCCAAGAAGGACCAGACAACCCCGCAGCAGGAGCAGCCUUCUCCCGCCUCCGCCAACGCCUCCGAACAGAGCGUCAAGGGCUCCGCCGAUGAGAACGAAGACGCUGCGUCGCAACACUCUGGGAAGAAAGUGUGUGCGGAGGGCCAAGAGCAAGCUGUAGAGUCGAAAGCCAGUGCCACCGAGGGUGCAGACAGUAAUCCCCCCAGUGAGGCAGAGGAGGAACCAGAGGCCAAAGCAGGAUUCGCAUCGGCUCAACCGCCUUCAGCAAGGCCGGCGCCAGCGUCAAGGAAGCUGGCUCCAAAAUCAAGGAAUCCGUUGAGAAAAACACGCUGCUCAGUGAGUUCAACAAAGAACAGGAAGCCUUCAUCAAAGCCAAGGGCGGCAAGGGAGGCGAGGCCCUUCCUCCGUGGGUUGGUUAUCCUGACGAGGACAGCCUCAAGGAGGAGAUUCUUGCUUUGUCCACCGACCGUCGCAACUUCGUUCGCAGUCCGCCAACUGGAGUGAGCUUUGAAUUCGACUUGGAAGCUUUCCUACCAGUAGCCCAGGCCACCCUCGCAGCCGAUCCUAACUUGGAGAAGAUGCGAUUUGAACUUGUACCAAAGACCAUCAAUGAAGAGGCAUUCUGGAGGAAUUACUUCUACCGAGUUGGUCUCAUCAGGCAGAGUACCGAGCUCUCAUCCUUGGAGAGGGAAGGCGUUGACGCCUCUAGCAAAUCAGCUGCUGAUGGCGAUAAAGGUACAAAGGGAAAAGAUGAUGAUGUAGAACACCCUGAUAGUCCUAGUCAUGGAGGAGAGAGCGAGUUUGUCUCAGAUUCCUUCCAACCAUCAUCAAAGGAUCUCGAGGAGGUGAAACGAGGGAUUUCCAAUUUGACAAAACCCUCUGAGGAGGACUGGGAAAAGGAGCUGCGUGAAGAACUUGGAGAUUUGGGCGAAUAUGAAGUUGUAGGCGGAGCUGGGAAGGACAACGAAAAAUGGGAAGAAGAAAUUCAAAAUAUGAUUGAUGACGAGGACUCAGGAGACCUGCGAUAAUCAACACCCAUGCAAAAAUAUACCCCACCAUACUUAUCCCAGUUAAUUAUAUUUAAAUCUUAUAUAUUGAAAACAUUUUUUUUUAUAACUUGCCUUUAUUGAACUCAAGGGCAUUACAGAUGUCUUUUCCAGUUCUGUAAUAUACCAGUAAUUUUCAUAAUAUAAAAACUAUUUUUGAAUCAUACAACUACUGUAUUCAAAAAUAUCCAGUUUGAGAAUUAUUAUGAAUCACCAUGUACUCAGUCUUAUUAUUUACAAAUGUAUAAAAUGUGUAGGAUUAAGAAAAGGAAUAACUUCAUAUAUGGAAACUAGGAUUGCCUUGUAAUGGUUUAAAAUGAGUUCUUUAAGCUAUCAGUACAUGCUAUAAGAAUACGAUAAAUAAAGUUCUGAACAGUCAAGAACAAAUUUAGAAAAUAGAAUACUUUUAACUAUGACUGAUAUAUCUUCCAUGUAGUUAAUAAUUGGCCACUUUAUUUUUAUUUCUUAAUAAUAUAGAGUCCCUAUUGGACUCUGCAACUCUGCUAAGUGCUUUGCAUUUGGAAAUAGUUUCAGAAACCAUUAUGUUAGCCAAAAAAUUAUUUUUAUGGCUUUUUAUUUUGACGGUUUACUUUUGCUGUUGUACAGAUGGUAAAUGGCCAGUGAGCCCACCAAAAAGUUAAGUAGCCAUUGUCUCUCUCCUCUCUCUGGGUUUACAUAAGGCACUGAUACUCACACAGGACAUUUAUGACAGUCUGAGUAUGGCUGCUUUAUUACUACUGGACCUAAAAGCCAGAGAGACAGAGUGUAUUCGUGGUGAAUGUUUCAUAGUAUAAAGAAUAUUGAGAAAAUGUACGAAUAGAAAUAAUGAAAUGUUAUUGUUUGCUAGUAACUAGAUAAAGUUUAAACUUGUUGCAGGUUUAUGGCACAAUAUAAAAGAGUUAUGUGCAUAUGAGUUUUCAUGAAGCCACACAGCCUAUUCUCUUUUCAACAAUAUUACGUCCACUGUACUAACAGAAAGUGUGCCGUACCCAGAACUCAGAAGAAAAUGGAAUUGUAAUUAAGAGAUUUUAUGGCUUGUUGAAUUUUUACGCUGACACUGCUGCAGAAUUUUGUUAUGAUAUAGUUUCCAAAGAAUUAGUACAGUACAUAUUUCCAUUCUUAUUGAUAUAGCAGACCUAUUUUAUUUAAUUGGUUAUUCUGCCUUACUAUGUUGUGGAAUGUAAAAAAAAUACCAAAUAAUGUGGCCUUGUCAGAUUGCUUUGAAAUUCUGAUUUAUUUAUCUUAUUUAGAGUAACUGUGUUUCUGCAAUGGCAAUAUUUAUUCUAAACCAUAUCUCUCUUUUAAAUGCUAUCAAAGGUCGGCAGUGUAUUGCAGCUUAGGUAAAGUAUCACAGGUAGCUUUUACAUCUUUACCUUGCAUUUUAUGCAAUUUGUAGUAUUCAUUUGCUAUUCUGAUUCCAUGAUUCAUUUAAUGUUUCAGACUCCAUAUACUUGAUAAAUGAAUUUAUAUGACCAUUGUUAUAAUACGGUGUAUUUUCUGGAGUAGUUUGAGAACCCAGAUGUAUCAUGGGAUGUAUCAGAGAAUUCCAGGUAGUCCCAUAGGAAUCUCUUAACUGCCAAGUUGAAAAUUAGCCACAUACGGCAGCAGUAGCAGCAGCUAGGGUCUGCUUUGUAUAAAAAGGACUUUUAGAGCUUUCUUAUUGGUGGUAAGUUCAAAGGUGGCAUUCAACUGAAGCCACAAUACAUAAAAACAAUUUCUUUAUGUCAGGGUUGGCCGAAAGGCCUAUGUCAGAUGAAACUUAUUAUUAUCUUAUGUGGUAUUGGUCAUGUUAUCAAGGAUAUGCAUGAAGCAGGAAAUUGCUUAAUUCAGUGUGCAUACAUACAGACUUACAUACCUACCAAUACACUCAUAUACACUUGCACAAGCACACACACUUCUAAAAGUAUUUAGCACUUGGUGAGAUGAAGAGACUUAAAUACUUGAUUAAGAGUUGAAAAAGGUGGUUAUGAAGCCAUUUUAAUUAUCAUGUUUAAUUCUGAUUUCAUUAUAAAUGUGUGUGUGGGUUAUCAUGUUCAUAAAGUAGGUUAAUAUAUUUUUUUCAAGUUUAGUUUACCUGUGACCUUUGAAUUGUAGUUUUCUUUUUAUAACUUUAGCAAUUAUUUCAGUUUAAAAAAUUGUCAUAAUGUUAAACUGUAUAUAUAUAUAUUGAAAAGUGUAUAUAUACAUACAUAUGCACAUACAUAUACAAAUAUAAUAUAUACAUUAUUGUUUAUCAAGGAUUUUGCAUUGAUAGUUUUUAAUCAAAGGUAUUUUCUUGAUAAACCACAUUAAAAGAGAUUAACCGUUUUAACAAAUAUUUAUAAUUGGCUCUUUCAGAUAGCUUUAUUUGACAUCACCAACAUGUGUGAAUGAGAUCCUCUGUAUACGUGGUGUACGCAGCAAAUGUUUUCAUCCAGAAAAAAUAAAACAAAUCCCUUUGAAGGGCUACUGCAGAAGUUAUCUUGAGAAAACUUCACUUGUUUGAUUAAAAGUGCUCUAACCUAACAGCAAGGGCAAAUUUAGUCUUAACACUGGACCAAAGGUCACUCAAGAGGGUUUCAGACUCGGUGAUUUUCAUCACUCAUUAUUAUGAAAGUUUCUCUCACUUUUUGUUAUGAUAUCAAGGGUUUUGCCUGAUAUGUGUCGAGGUGUAUUGCUUCCUUGGGAUUUUGUGGGCACAGAUUAUAUAGAAUCUUUGUUACGAAAUAAACAACGCCUAAAGCUGAACCCUCUAUCGGCUUCUUCAGAUAUUGUUAGCAGUGAUGUUUCAGUAAAUCCAUAGUCAUGAAAGAGAGUACGUUUUCUUCUCAGGAUAAUGUUAUGCUCUGCAGUCUUGUUUUACCUCUAGCAACUCUUAACAAUGCAUGAAUUGCAGAGCAAGGUGUAAACCACUGCAAAGCUCUUACCACUUUUCAUCAUAAUAUCCAUGGCAAAGUAUUUGAAAAUAGGCAGUACGUUACCUUGGCAAUGGUAAAUAAAUUGUUAUCAAAAUUUGAAGAAGCUGAGAGUGACCGCACCUUUGCCAGCAUGCUACAUCACUUCGUCUGUUGUGUGCUGGUAUGUAAGGUGUGCCUCAACGAUGUAGCUAGAAGGAUGUUGUGUGAUGGUUUGUUUGUAUGUAUGUUUGUUCAUUGUUUGGCAGAGGCUUUCUGCCAUGUGAUGUAGAAAUGUUGUCCCUUAAGUAUGUUAUACUAUGGUACCUGUGCCCAGUAAAAUGGAUUAAGUA